AUGUGUGUUGACGCUAAUAUUCUGACGCUAGAAGAGAGAAGAAUAUGUGCAUCAGUGAUCCUCUUAUUAGGACUUUUAAAGGGCGACAUUUUUUGUCCCGGAUUUCUGCAACAGAUUCCCAUCUCGGUUCCGCAGGUUUCUACAAGAUCAGCCUUACUUUUCUACCCAUCUAUUGCAAGAAAUAAUAUAUCUAUGGCUUCACCUUUAUCUAGAAUAUUGAAUAUUUGUAAUUACAUAGCUGAAAACUGCAAUGACAUCGACUUCUUGAGCUAUAACCAGCACUCUAGUGGUAGCACCAACGUACUCGCUACUCUCUUAACGUCGCUAAGAUAA